UAUUCAAGUUUCAAAAUGGUGCACUUUGACGUGAUGCGCCUCCAGUAUGAGAAGCGCAUAGGGGAGCUGGAGCGGCAGGUGCUGGAAUGCUCGCAGAUGCUGCAACAGCUGAAGGAGGAUACCGUUGUCAUGGACCUGGACGAACAGAAGCCCGUCAGCUACGUGCAGACGGAGACGCAUUUGUGCUGGCAAUUCGACAUGCACGAGUUCCCGUUGCACAACAUAAGGGUUGAGCUGAGGGAUCGACGUGUCAAAUUGCGCGCCUAUCACGAUCUCGGGGAUCAAUACGAAGAGGUCUCUCGCCAGUUCGAGUUGCCCGAACACGCCAACACCGUCCUGAGCGCCAAGCUGGGCAUCACUGGCAUUCUGACCAUACAGGCUCCGAUCAGGAUCCAAGCUGACUAGAAUGCAAGCAGAUUAGUACAACUAUAUACACACAUAUACACCUAUACACAUAUACACAUGGCAUAUGCAUAUAUAGAUUUGGUUGUUUAUUGUACAAUAUUGACCUACAUGUUAAUGGCAGAAGA